CAGAGUAUCACAUUGUAUCCUAAAGAUCAAGGCCGUAUUGUUUAUUAUAUAAGCCUUUUAAACCCGAACAGGAGCAGAUAUCAAUUAGUACGUUGAAUCGCAUCACUCAAAAUGUUCGCCAAAAUUGUUGCUCUGUUCGCUCUGGUGGCGGUGGCAGUAGCGGCCCCGCGCGCCGCCCCCGCCCCCGCCCCGGCGCCCGCCCCGGCCCCCGCGCCCGCCCCGCAGCUGCUGCCCUACAGCUACGACUACGUGGUGCCCGCCGCCGCCGCGCCCGCGCUGCCCGCCGUCUACUCGCCCUACGCGCCCGCGCCACUCGCCUACUCCGCCUACCCCGCGCAACCAUACUACUACCGUUAAACAAACCUCUACCUUUUUACUGAUGUAACACUGGCCACUAGCAUAAUGGAUACUGAUUUUGUACUAGAAUAAGAUUACGCAAAUAAAAAUUAUGAUAAAAUA